AUGCUCGCCAAACUAAGAGAGGCCUGCACAGAAUGGGGAUUUUUCCGUCUUGUCAACCAUGGAAUUUCAGUAGAGCUUCUGGAUAAGGCUCAGAAUGUUAACCGAGAUUUAUUUUCCAUGCCAAACGAGGUUAAAGACAGAGCCACAACUUCUAGUCCAUUCGAUAGUUACUAUCGAGGUCCCAACCAUGAGACAUUCAAUUUUGUCGAACCCUCGAAAACAGAAUCUUUGGAGCAAAUGUGUUCAAAGAUAUGGCCAGAAGGGAAUCUAAGUUACUGCGAGACUAUGGUAACGUACAGUUUGCGUCUCUCAAAUCUUGCCCAAAAUAUCACAAAAAUAAUCCUGGCAAGCCUGGGGUUGGAUGCCAAGGCCUUCUACCACUCUCACUUCGCAAAGUGCACAUCAUGA